UUAGUUGUAACCGUUGUAUUUGGACUUUGGGACAUCGAACAUUCGAUUCUGGGCACGAAUUGGUUGUUAUGCGACUACUUUUGCAAUCAGUUUCGCUUUGUUUUAGUUUGUGGCCUUGCUUACUCACUUUUGACCAGGUUUUCAACCACUGACACGCUGUCAGAUGGUCGAAUCGACCACUUUCCGCGAAUGCACAUGUGUCAAAUUGAAUGCCAGAUAGAUAGUCACUAUUUUAGAAGCUAGAUGGCGCAGUGUAGAAUAAUUAUUCGUGGCGGGAAAUCCGAGACCGCACUGCGGCAUGCGGCAUUUGGUGAUUCUGAUUCCGUAAACUUCGUAUUUGAAAUGUUACAAUGGCUGAUAAACUUGCAAACUGUAUGAGGGUCAACCCCGACGCUGCGUGUCGUAUAUUCUGUUUUCCUUGGGCUGGUGGUGGAUCCAUUUUCUACGCCAAGUGGGGGUCCAAAGUCCCAGCAGACAUUGAAGUAUGUUCCCUGCGUUAUCCUGGCCGAGAGAAUCGUUUCCGAGAGCAAAGUUACACGAGUCAGACUGCGCUAGUGAACGAUAUAACCACCAACCUUCUUCCCCUGUUCAAGGAAAAGCCAUUUGUGUUCUUUGGCCAUAGCCUUGGAGCAGUUGUCUCAUUUGAAGUUGCAAGAAACCUGAAAGAAAUGUAUGGUAUCGAACCCAAGCAUUUGGUUGUUUCUGGAGCAAACGCACCACAUUCUGUGAAAUGGAAAGAUCAUCCGGCCAGGUCAUGCUCACAGAUGGGGGACGACGAAUUUAUAGCAUAUUUAGGGAAGUUAGGUGGAACUCCCAAAGAGGUGCUGCAGAACAGAGAAAUGAUGAAGAUAUUUUUACCAUCACUUCGAGCCGACUAUGGAAUUAUUGAAAAAUAUGAGUACACUUUGCCAGAAUCUGGAAGUCAGUUGAUAUGUCCAGUGAGUGUGGUCAAUGGAAGUGAGGAUAGAGCCAAGGACAUUGAUGCCUGGUCGGAAGUGACAACUGGUCCCUUCAAGAAGCAGAUUCUACCAGGAGGGCAUUUCCAUUUCAUCGGAAACUCAGCCAACGAGGAACAGCUUUUAAAAUUCAUAACAGACUCAUGUAUUAAUUAGUAGAUAAUGACAUUCUUUUAUAAAA